CCAAGUUUGUAGUGAAAAUUGUCCUGUGGCAGUUUGGUUAGGUGUCAAAUAAAAGAGGUUAAAACUGUAUUUACACUUUAACAAAAUUUGUUUGCAAAGAAAUCAUGUCGUUAGCGGAUGAACUUCUAGCAGAUCUUGAAGAAAAUGAUGAUUCUGAUCAUGAUAUGGAAGAACCGGAGCCGGAUUUUAUUCCGGCAUCGGUUUCCAAAAACAUCGAAGAAGAAAUAAAAGUAGCUUCUGUAAGAGAAUUAGCGAAACUACGUGAUUCAGAGCAGUUACAAAGAGUAAUGCGUUUAAUAGAAAAGUAUAGUAAAGUUCUUAGGAGGUCGGUAGAUAUUAUUGGUCCUGUUGAGUCUGAUCCAGAAUAUCAGCUCAUCGUCGAAGCUAAUAACAUGGCUGUAGAUAUAGAUGAUGAAAUAACUACAAUACACCGGUUUGUUAGGGACAAAUAUUCUAAAAGAUUUCCAGAACUAGAGUCUUUAGUUGUUGGUCCUUUAGAAUAUGUAAUGACUGUUAGGGAACUGGGAAAUGACCUAGAUAGAGCAAAGAAUAAUGAAACAUUACAACAGUUUCUUACUCAAGCAACAAUUAUGGUAGUUUCAGUUACUGCAUCAACAACGCAAGGACAGUUGUUAACAGAAGAUGAAAAGGAGGCUAUUUGCGAGGCUUGCGAUAUGGCGGUAGAAUUGAAUAACUGCAAACUAAAAAUAUUUGAAUAUGUAGAAAGUAGAAUGGCAUUCAUUGCCCCAAAUCUUUCUGUAAUAGUAGGUGCCUCGACAGCAGCAAAAAUCAUGGGUGUUGCAGGAGGAUUGACAAAACUUUCAAAAAUGCCAGCUUGCAAUGUUCUAGUUUUAGGAUCUCAAAAAGCUACACUAUCUGGAUUUUCACAAGUAGCGACUUUACCCCAUACUGGUUUUAUAUAUUACUCUGAUAUCGUACAAGAUACUCCACCAGAUUUGCGAAGGAAAGCAGCAAGACUUGUAGGAGCGAAAAGUAUGUUAGCUGCCCGUGUUGACGCUUGUCAUGAAAGUACAGAUGGUCAUAUUGGUCAAAUGUUUCGCGAAGAAAUUGAAAAGAAGUUAGAUAAGUUGCAAGAACCUCCUCCUGUGAAAUUUGUUAAACCUUUACCAAAACCUAUCGAUCCAGGUCGAAAGAAGCGAGGUGGUAAACGUGUCAGAAAAAUGAAAGAACGUUAUGCCAUUACCGAAUUUAGAAAACAUGCAAAUAGAAUGAAUUUCGCUGACAUUGAGAACGAUGCUUAUCAAGAAGAUCUUGGUUACACACGUGGCACAAUUGGUAAGGCAGGAACAGGUCGUAUUAGAUUGCCUCAAAUCGAUGAGAAAACAAAGGUGCGAAUAUCCAAAACGCUUCAGAAAAAUUUACAAAAGCAGCAACAGUGGGGAGGUAGUACUACUGUUAAGAAACAGGUUUCUGGUACAGCAUCCAGUGUUGCAUUCACUCCGUUACAGGGUUUGGAAAUUGUAAACCCGCAAGCAGCAGAAAAGAAAAUCAAUGAAGCUAACGCGAAAUAUUUUUCAAAUACAGCUGGCUUUUUGAAAGUUAAGAAACCAUAAAUAAAUUGUACAUAAUUUACAUUAUCGAAUAUUAUUCAUGAAAUAAAUACAAUUGUGCAU